CAUGCAAGAAAGACAAGGGCAACCAACGAGCACGCGGUGGACAAUCGGGUGUGGACGCUCACGCAGCGUUCCGAAGGAAAGGCUGCGGCGGCAAAGGGCAGGCAGCGGCUGGGCCGGUCCCGUGAGCCCACCCAGCGAUCCAGGCGGGGCGAACCCAGCAUGGGCGGCCCCGAUGCCGAGCAGAUCCUCAGCCAGGAAGUCCUGCAGCGCCUCUGGGACAUGAGGGUUCCUCGGCUUCUGUGCGACGGCAUCAUCAAAACCAGUGACGGAGGAGACUUUCCCGUUCAUAGAUUUAUCAUGACCAGCUGCAGCGAAUAUUUUCGGGCCCUGUUUGCGAGCAUGCUGCACGGACGUCCCAGGGCAGACGUGGUCGUCCCUGGGGUAUCAAAAGCCACUAUGGCCAUUAUUGUGGAGUUCGCCUACAAGCGAGUCACCUGGGUGGGCUGUGACAACGUGGAGAGCCUUCUGGAGGCAGCGGACUACCUCUGCGUCGUGGGCAUGAUCAAGGACUGCUGCGACUUCCUCGUUUCCAUCAUGGCACCCGAAAAUUGCAUCUCCAUACACAACGUCGCUAAGCUCUACAACUGUUUCUCCCUGGCAGACAAGGCGUACAAUUACCUGAUGCGCAAUUUUAUCGAGGUCUCGAAGAAAAGCGAGGAACUACUCAGCCUGGACAUCGACGAAGUGGAAGCGAUCUUCUCGGAUGAAAACCUCAACGUCAUAAAGGAGGAGACUGUAUGGAAGGCAGUAACGCGCUGGAUCGACUACGACCCCAUCAACCGACAGCAGCACAUCAUUCGCCUGUUGCGCUGUGUCCGCACUGGUCUUGUCGACACGAACUUCUUCGUGGAGAAAAUUAAGGCUCAUAAAUAUGUACAAGACAAUGAGACAUGCAGGCCACUGGUCAUCGACACAUUAAGGUUCCUGUACGACCUGGACGUUGUAGUACAUAAUGACGAAGUGCCUACCCCCGUGUUUGCAAGACCGAGGAUCCCCCACGAAAUGAUGUUUGUCAUCGGAGGCUGGAUGUCUGGGGGUCCUACCGCCUUCAUCGAAAGCUACGAUACUAAAGCGGACCGCUGGAUCAGGGUAGACUGCAUCGACCCCGAGGGUCCGCGGGCGUACCACAAAUGCGUUGCCAUCAAUACAGACAUCUACGUCAUUGGAGGCUUCAAUGGUGAAGAUUACUUCAGCAGCGUGCGCUGUUUCAACGCGGCUACAAAGCAGUGGAGAUCUGUGACCCCCAUGCACGUAAAGAGAUGCUACGUGAGCGUUGCAAUGCUGAACGACGUCAUCUAUGCCAUGGGAGGUUACGACGGGAGGCACCGUCUCAACACAGCUGAGAAAUUCGACUACAGAACAAAUCAGUGGACCAUGAUAGCACCGAUGAACAUGCAAAGAAGCGACGCGUGUGCCACGACCCACGACGGCUACGUGUACGUGACUGGAGGAUUCAGCGGGAACGAAUGCCUCAGCUCUGCGGAACGCUACGAUCCCACGGUGGACCAGUGGUGCACGAUAGCGCCCAUGAGAUUCCGUCGCAGUGGCGUUGGCUGCAUUGGCUUCAAGAGCUUCGUCUACGCAAUCGGGGGCUUCAAUGGCACUUCACGGCUAUGCUCUGCCGAGAAGUAUAACCCGGAGAACAACAGCUGGACCACACUCCCCAAUAUGUACACACCACGAAGUAAUUUCUCUGUGGCUAUAAUCGACAACCUGGUAUUCGCCAUCGGUGGAUUCAACGGUGAGAGUACCACAAAUCUGGUCGAAUGCUACGACCCCACGACGGACCAGUGGUACGAGGCUACGGACAUGAACGAAUCUCGUUCCGCUCUGGCUGCCUGCGUCAUCGGUGGCCUGCCGAACAUUCGGGACUACAUUCACUUGCGGAGGGACAACCUGAUGGAGGAGAAGCGGCAGAAGAUGCUCGAUAUUUUGCGCUUACGCUCAAGACAGACAAACAGAGACACUGACAGGGUGAACUAAGUUCAAGCCGUCGGUGUAGUGUUUGCACGUAAGAGCAUGCUAAGCUUAUUUGGAGAUGGUGCACCUGUGAGAGUGAUCUGAUAGGUUAUCAGAAUACCAAUACAUGAUAGCCAGUGGAAACUAACAGCGGCCCGAGUUUCGCACUAAGGUCAAAAUUGAGGCUGAAGGUGACUGUAGAGGAUAAUGCAAAGAAAUAAAAUAUAAUGGAUGCAGGUGAUGAAAACUA